AUGACAGCAAAAUAUCAGAGGGUUGCCAGUCCACAUGAGCACACAUUCGACUGGAUUUUUGAAAAGAACGGAGACUUUCGUCCACUGGAUAACCAUCUCUCAUCCAUGACUUUGGAAAGCGACGAGAACAAAAGCUUUGAGGAGUGGAUGAGAAGCCAGACACAGAAGAAGAGCAACAUGAAGAACCUUUACUGGAUCGUUGGCAAAGCAGGAUCAGGAAAAUCGACCCUAAUGAAGCAUGUUUUCCAGCAUCCAAAGACGGAUCAGAGCCUCUCACAUUGGAAAGGGACAAGUCAGCUUUUGAAGGCAGCGUACUUUUUCGAACGCGGGCAAAGCAGUGAGGAACGCCUCUUGCAGACAUUGCUCCAUCAGGUUCUCGCCCAUGACCAGUCAAUUAUUGUCAAGGUUUACAAAGAGCGCUGGGAGCAGUUUUCAAAGUUCAAAGACAUCCGGGAGAAGCGACCUGAUCCACCUGCGAAAAGUAAAUUCCCAAAAUUUGACAAGAAUGGCAUUGAUUUGGAUAUCUUGGGACUGGACGAUCUGUUCAAUGCUCUCAACAGGACUGCGAAACUGAUCUGUGCUUCUACCAAGCUGUUCUUUCUUAUCGAUGGCCUCGACGAGAUAGUUGGCGUUGAUGAGAGCUCCUCGGAGGACCAGAGGACAGCCUACGAAAAGUGCCAAUCACUCUCAAAGAUCAUUUCGGAAAUUGCGAAAAACGAAAACAUCAAGAUCUGCAUAUCGAGUCGGCCGCAUCUUGGGUUCGAAGACGAAGAAGGGGGGCUAGAGGGAUGCUCGAGGCUAGAGUUGGAGAAAGUGACUGGGCCAGAUAUUACGUGCUAUGUCGACUCGCAGCUUGGUCAGAAUAAAGGCUUCGCUCAACUAGCGAAAAACGAUCCCCAAGCAGCAGAUGAGAUAUGCCAAGACAUCAAAGACAGGGCCUCAGGCAUGUUUUUGUGGGUUUCCCUCGUUGUCAAGCUACUCAUAGAUGGUAUAAACCACCGAAGUCGGCUGCAUGACCUAAAGCACAAGGUUCGACUGCUCCCAAAAGAGUUGACCGGAGAAAGUGGGCUAUACAUGCAAAUGCUGAGAAGCGUCGGACAUGGUCAAUUCCUUGAAAGAGCGAGGAUAAUCUCAAUCCUCGCCCAGUCCUUUCAGAUAGACAUCGCCCUCAGCCCGCUUCUACUCGACUUCGCAGAAGAGGUAGACGCUAUCGAGGAUCUGAUUGAGGAAAAAAAUCUGAAGAAAUUCAAUGCAGAGCGUAGCUUGCAACGAGUCAAAGACAGACUAAAAGGCUGUUGUGGAGGCAUUUUCGAGGUGAGGAGUAUUGCCCCGCUGUCCAAGAACGGAAUGACGCAUGACAUUUACAACGAUUACGUUGUGGAUGCGGUACACGGAACUGUCUGGGAGUUUCUUGCCGAACCUGAAGCCGCGAUGGAACUAAGCAAGUUUCCACCCGACAUGUCUGUACUUGGUCCCCGCACUUCACUUGUCCGAGCGGCUAUUUUAAGUCUUCAUUUUAUUCCACCCACUGUCAAGAAGAAUCGCAAAGAGCGAAGCAAGCUCUGUCUCGAUUUAGUCAGCAGUUUGUUGUUCGCUGUGGAGUACUCAUUCUCGUGGAACCAGGAGACAGGGGAAGAUCAACACGCAUUAGGACAAUGGGAAAGAGAAGGUGUUCAACUCUUCAGCAAGCUGAUCUCUGUGUUCGAUCAAGUUGGUAGCAAAGCACAUGAGAAGACACGAGGCUUCUUCGAGAGUUCAGGAAGACAUUGGAUCUACCUAGUGGACGAGAAACUGUUUACCUACUUUGACGACUACGAGUCCUAUAUGAUAUCAUGGCUCCUAGAGGCUCGCAUUAUAUUCUGUGCCGAGUAUCUCUUGUUCGAUGAUGAGUACAAGAAGGUUUACAACAAGAACAAAUCGCCAAUAUCUCAUGCGAUAUUCCAAUAUCUGAACAUAGAAUCUGCAACCGAGCUUGAAACACGAACACUUCGACGCAUCAUCUGCCGACUCUUGCAAGAGAAAAGACACCGCACUAUAGUAACAUCGCCGUUCAAGGAAGGGGAUAUCAGGUAUAAACCACUUUGGGUGGAAAUAGUACAAUACAACGACUUCGAGCCAAGCGCAACCGCACACAGGAUUCGCUAUCUUGAGCUAUUGGAACUGUUAAUUGAAAACGUCCCAAACCUUUUGGAAACACCACUCGGAAAGGCACGCAACGUUGCAAACCGACUGGUUCUCUUCGAUGAUGUUGCGGAUAAGAGGAAUGAGAUACGUCAGAUGAUCGAGCCGACCUUGAAGAAGCAGGAAUCUUUAUGCAUUACUAUGUAA